CAGAAUCGAACGCAGUGUGUACGCUUUAGGAACAUAGCACCCGGAAACAGCCACUUCUGACUAAGAGUCCUGAUUGAGCCGGUGGUGGGGAAUUUAUGAACCCGUCAAUGAUUAUUCCAAAGGCAGAGAUGGGAGGGAGGGAGAAAGAAUUGAAAAUACAUUUUAAUCCAGGUCACGUGGAAGUUGUAGAGGAGAAUGUUCACGUCCCAUUCAGACGUGUCCUAGUAACUGGAGCCACAGGGUUACUAGGGCGGGCAGUCUACAAGGAGUUUCACGACAAUGACUGGUAUACCGUUGGCUGCGGGUACAGUCGUGCCCGACCCAGAUUUGAAAAAUGUAACUUGCUGGAUGCUGAUGCUGUACGAGCGAUGAUUCAGGAGUUUCAGCCCCAUGUUAUAGUGCACUGUGCUGCAGAGAGGAGGCCAGAUGUGGUAGAAAGUCAGACGGAUGCUGCGAUACAGCUGAAUGUAUCUGCUACAGCAAAUCUGGCCAAAGAAGCAGGUGUGAUUUUUGUGAUUUACAUCAGCACCGAUUAUGUAUUUGAUGGAAGAAAUCCUCCAUAUGACGUUAAUGACACUCCAAACCCAUUAAACCUGUAUGGAAAAAUGAAGCUGGAAGGAGAAAGAGAGGUCCUGCGAAAUAAUAUGGGAGCGGCAGUUCUCAGAGUUCCUGUUCUAUAUGGAGACGUUGAGAAGCUUGAGGAGAGCGCCAUAACUGUGAUGUUCGAUAAAGUUCAAAACUCCACAGAUUUGAGCAGCAUAGACCACUGUCAGCAGAGGUUCCCCACCUAUGUGAAGGACGUGGGUCGAGUGUGCCGCCAGCUAGCAGAGAGCCGGCUCAAGGAUCCUUCUCUGAGAGGUAUUUUCCACUUCUCUGGUAAUGAGCAGAUGACCAAAUAUGAAAUGGCGUGUGCAAUAGCAGAUGCCUUCAGCCUGCCAAGUAGCCACCUGAGACCAAUCACUGAAACCCCGGUGGGCUCAGGGGCUGUUCGUCCACACAAUCCUCAGUUGGACUGCUCCCGUCUGGAGAGUCUGGGUAUUGGACACAGGACGCCCUUCAAACAGGGGAUCAAGGAGUGCCUUUGGCCUUUCCUCCAUGACAAGAGAUGGAGACAGUCGGUCUUCCAUUAAGAAACCACAGAGGGCAAAAAUCACCACCUUCCCUCUUUUUAGUUUUGCUUGUAUUGCUUUUUUUUAGCCUAAUGAAAACUGUGUACAGUAACAAACCAAUUAGCUUUUCAAGUCAAAAUCCAAACUAUUUAAUUUACUUUGUUAGGUAUUUGUGGUCAAUGUUAAGUUAAAAUGUUAAAAAUACAUCUGUAAAGAAUCUUGCUCCUUUUUGAUUAUAAGAAGUAUUACUAGCUGCCUUUUAUAUAAUUUAAUUUGAGAUGGCCACCUGUUUUAAAUACGUUCCUGACAAUGACACUUUGCAUUCAUGCCAUCAUUUAUCUGCCCUUUGUAUUUUGCUCCUGUUGACUUGUUUUAUUACAUGAAGCACAGUGUCGGUUAUAGGUUUUAAAAAUCUUAAAGGGGGUUGUAAAAAGUAUAAACUUACGUUUUUUUGUUUUGAGACAUUGACGUAAUUUCUUAAUUAUAAAAUAAAUAAGAUAAUUUUGUUAAUUGUAUGAAUAUGUUUGAAAUCAAUGAUUUAUAUAAUGAUUUAUAGCAAACUGGCUAUUGUCUUAAAGGAUUGUUAGUGCGACUGUGCUGGAAAAGACCUGGGUGUUUUAUCGAGAUUCAUAAGAUUUCUGUAUAUUUUAACUGUACCCUAUUUUCCAUUGUGUAAUAAAGUCUAGUUAAGUACG